AUGCCCCCCAAAGCUCUCUCCACAUCCUUGGAGAGCAUCCAAAUUCUGCCGCGCACGCCGAAGACGCCGCGAAGUGGCCAUCAUAGGUGGACACCGUCAGACGGGCAACUAGAUGAAGUUGAGUUGAGUCUACUGGAUGAAGAUGAGCGGCGGGAGGCGGGGAAUGGCGUCGCGGUUGGGGAAUCACUGCUUAGUGUGAAACAUCCUGUGCAAGACACGAGUGCGAUGGUGUUGCUAGUCAUUCUUUAUCUAAUACAAGGAUUUCCCUUAGGACUUGCUCUAGGGUCGAUACCAUUCAUUCUACGUGAACAUUUAUCUUAUUCGCAACUUGCUGUGUUUUCCUUGUCGAGCUAUCCAUAUUCUCUCAAGCUAUUAUGGUCACCCAUCGUUGAUUCGAUGUUCUUCCGUUCCUUCGGUCGUCGCAAGUCCUGGAUCAUACCCAUGCAACUAAUUAUUGGAACCAUAAUGCUCGCGCUCUCAUUCCGGGCCGAAGAGAUGAUGGAACACCCCGCAGAACAUCUAUACGAGUUGACGGCGGCGUUCACCGGCCUCGUGCUCUUUUCUGCAACACAAGACAUUGCGGUGGACGGCUGGGCUCUGACCCUGCUCUCUGAAGAGAACCUACCUUACGCGGCCACUUGCCAGACAAUAGGUCUCAAUUCAGGGUACCUACUGUCAUAUACUGUCUUCCUUGCUUUAAACAGCGAGGCUUUCGCCGAGAAAUGGCAUAUUCCCCGGUUGACUUUGAGCGGCUACCUCUUGUUUUGCAGUGCAGCCUCAUUUCUGGUCACAAUCUGGCUAUUAUUCAAGAGAGAGGGCAAAGAGACUUCUGACGAGGACAUCAGCAUAAAGUCAGUCUACUUGGACAUGUGGACAAUCUGUAAAUUGCGACACGUGCAGACUCUAUUGAUUGUGCACUUAUUUGCUAAGAUUGGCUUCCAAGCAAACGAUGCUGUCUCCCAACUCAAGAUGGUGGAGAAAGGUCUGGGUCGGGAAGACCUGGCUGUUACCGUCCUCAUAGACUUCCCGUUCCAAAUAUUUGGAGGUUGGCUCGCCGGAAGAUGGUCUCGUGGUGAAAAGCCUCUGCGAGCGUGGACGUAUGCUUAUUGGCCCCGCUUGACUCUGACUCUCACGGCCACACUAAUCGUGUAUUAUUUCCCCAAACCACCAAUCUCCACUGGCUUCUUCAUAGUGCUGAUUGUACAGACCGUAGCGGGUUCGUUCUCAUCUACGAUUCAAUUCGGCGGUAUCUCCGCGUUCCAUACCCGCAUUUCAGACCCAGUUGUUGGUGGAACAUACAUGACCCUCUUGAAUACUUUCUCCAACCUCGGUGGAACGUGGCCAAAGUUCUUCGUUCUCAAGGGGGUCGAUUUCUUCAGUAUCGCGACGUGUAAAAUUGGUCAUGACUUAUCUGUCAAAGCGGCCGAGUGUGUUUCUGAACACGGGAAGACAUCAUGUGCCGAACUAGGAGGGGAAUGUGUCACCGAACAGGAUGGCUACUACAUUGUCUCGGGCAUUUGUCUAGGUUUGGGCCUGUUAUCCGUUAUCUCCUACAUGAUCCCCACAGCGCGUAGACUCCAAGCAAUUCCUGUAAGCAAAUGGCGAGUAUAUUCCUAG